UUCAAAGUCAAUCGUAUCAUCUUGGCUAGCAAUGGUGCCAGGACUAGUCAAGGGAUGCUUUAUAAAAUGACUAAGAUGCUCUUUUUGAGUAAAAAUAUCAGGUUUUUUAAUCAAGCUGUAUCGAUAAGGAGAAUAUUUCAAAGAACUAUGGAUUUAAGUGAAGUAGAGAGAGAAUUGAUGACUCUUGGACUCGGUGGGAUGAGUGAAAUCUUUAGAAAAAUAUAUGAGAGAGUGCUGAUUACCCGGACACUCGAUCUGGAGCUAUGUCAAAAAUUGAACAAAAGUCACGUUAAGGGGAUACUCCUCUUUGGGCCACCUGGGACUGGAAAAACGUUGUUAGCAAAAACAAUAGCAAAAAUUCUGUAUGCCGAGGAAUUUGAGGUUGUUGAUGGGCCUCAAGUUCUGUCAAGCUGGUUUGGUGGAACAGAGGCCAGACUUAGAGCACUGUUUAAUAAAGCUAGAGAAGAUUCUAGAAGAUAUGGAGAGAAAAGUGGCCUUCAUAUCAUCAUCUUUGAUGAAUUAGAUUCAAUUGCAAGGAAAAGGGGGAUAACUCCUGGAGAGACUGCGACUGACAGGAUUGUUAGCCAAUUGCUGACUAUGAUUAAUGGUGUGGAGGACCUGAAUAACAUACUUAUUAUUGGAACAACAAAUAAGAAGGAAUUAAUUGAUGAAGCACUCUUGAGACCUGGCAGGCUUCUCCCCAUUGAAGUGGGCCUCCCAGAUGAGGAAGCUCGUUUGAACAUAUUGAGGGUUCACACAGAACCUUACGAGCGAAGGGGCUACUUCCAAGAUGUGGACCUUCGAGAGAUAGCAAACAUGACGGAUGCCUUUAGUGGUGCUGAUCUUGCUGGUGUGGUUAAUACUGCCUUCUCCGAUGCACUUGGCCGUACCAAUUCCAAUGAUGGUAUCAUUCAUGAGAGCCAGACUAGGAUAUACCAAAAUGAUUUUAUCCAUGGUGUCCGCGAAAUUCGCCGUGCCAAUCAACCAACCAAGGAUGAAGACUGGGACGCAUUGGUUUGAGAAUUAAGGAUUUUGUUUGUUUCUUCAUCCAAGACUUGGAAUCUCUCUGAGCCCUUUGAUUGCCAUUAAAUGUGCAACUGUUAUCAUUCCUAGUAUGACACUCAUUUUUAUUCUCUUUCCAGAUUGACAGAUAUCAGGAAAGUAGACAAGUUCUCAUUUCCAGUUGAUCUGACUGUUUUACCUUUACUGGGCAUGUUCUAAGUGCACACGUGUUUGAACCUUUUAAUCAGGUUGUUGGGGAUUUGCAGAAAUGCAAUUCCAAUUCGUGCUUCUUUGCUGAGAAUACAAUUUAUUAUUUUAGUUCUGAUUCCGGCUGUUAUAAUAAAAAUAUAUGAAUGUA